GUGUUUAUCUUUUUAACAUUUCCUAUAAGCGUAGGAAGUUGGUUCUAGUUCCCAUCAGAUUAUUUUAAAGCGGAAGAGCUGUUUUUUUGAAGAAAAAUUGUUUUGAAACAAACUUUAUACCUAUGAAGAAUCUAAUUCUAUUUUUAUUCCUGUUAGGACAUUGUUUAAUGAUUGUAACUCAAAGUCAGACAUUCAGAAUAAAUCCUCGUGUAGCACAGCAAAAUAGAUUAUAUCAUGUAUCUUCUAAACCCAGAAUUCAACAUCUUAGACACCAAGUUUUAUCAAAUAAUUUUCAAAGAGAUGCAGUUUCAUCAACAACAAGAAAUAAUGGGAAUUAUGUAUUUGAAAGAACUGUUCCUAGAAUCACUCAGUCUGUAACAAGUCACCGAAUUAGAAAUAAUGGAAAUUACAAUGGAAAUGGAAACCAUUUAUCUCCAUCAUACACAAGAAAUGGCAACCAUCAUCUUAUUACUAUUCCAGUACCACCUAAUUCUUUUACUAAAAUAACUGUACCAUUUAAAAAUUUAAAGUUAUCUGCAAAUAGAAAUCAUAUUUUAUCAUCAAGACCAGUUGUUUCACAAAGUGUUCAUCCUUCAUUUAGUCAAAAUCAUUUUCUUUCUUCAAAUGGUUAUUUUCAUUCAUAUCCUAAUCCAUCUUCUAAUGUGUAUUCUCCAAAUUAUUUAUAUCAUUCAUCUAUGAUGAAUCCUUCUCCACAACAUCAUCAAGUGAUUGUUCAUAUUGGUACUAAAAGAUAUCCAUCAUUACCAGAAACUUAUGUUUCUCCAAAAAAUACUUAUAACUUUUAUCCUCAAAGUGAUUCUUCCAAGAGUUCUUUUAAUAAUGGAGUUUAUAAUAAUCAGUUUUCUAAUAGAAAUAAUUUUUAUAUCCCAGAUAAACCACCUUUACAGAACAGAAUACAGAACCAUCAUUUAUUGUCUCUUCAUAAUAUUUCUCAAGUACCACCUCGUAUUGUCAUAUCUUCUCCUACACACUAUUUGCCCAAAAGUUAUAAUGAUUGGAGAUCAUCCUUAGGCACUUCUGCCUUAGAAAAGAAACCAAUUACACCACAUACAUUAAGAACUAAUAUUAAACUUUCAAAAUCAAAUUCUUCGUUAAACUCUAAGGAUUUCAUAGUUAAAAGUGAUUCAGCAAAUUUAUUACCUAUGCAUGUCAGACCAACUGUAAAUAAAGAUAUAUUUGAAAAGAGAAGAAAUACCUUAAUUCAUGUGAAAGUACGUCAUCCACAGAGAUAUAAUAGGAAUUCAUCAAGACCAGUCAAUCCUACUCACCCACCUGUCAUUGUUCGAUCAUCUGCAGUGCCAAGAUUUUUUCCAAACUCUCCAAAGAUAGAGUACCCACCUAAUUGUAUUAGAUGUCCAAGUGAUCAAAUACUAAUAAUUGAGAAAGGAAAAAGUUGUGCUACUGUAACUGUACCUCCAGUUAAGGCAUGUUCUCGAAUUACAAAAACACCUGGUAAAAUGGAUGUGUUACUGGGCAUAGGUCCUAAACCCGGAAGUUCAGUUAAAGAAGGUGCUUAUAUGAUGCAGUUUCAUAUUCUUAAAGCUGGAUCCAAAGUAAAAACAUGCCAAUUUAGGUUAAACGUUAAAGCAUUGAAAUGUCCCAAAAUACAGAAUCCAAAGAAUGGAAUGAUUCAUUGCACAAAUAAAGGAUAUUGGGGAAGCAUCUGUAAUUUUGUUUGUGAAGAUGGAUAUGCAUUGGUAGGAGAACCAGCAGUAUCAUGUGAUGGAAACAAAAAACUUGUUUAUUGGAAUUCAUCUAUUCCAAACUGUGAAAUUUCAGCUUUAAGCUGUCCACCAAUACAGACUCCAAAAAAUGGAUAUGUUGAUUGUACAAAUUAUAUACAUCAGGGAAGUAUUUGUACCUUUACCUGUGAUGAAGGGUAUAUUUUAGUUGGAGAAACAUCAACAUCAUGUAGAGGGGAUAAGACAUUUGUCACCUGGACUUCAUCAUUACCAACUUGUGAAAGAUUAAAAUGUCCAUCAAUACAGAUUCCAGAAAAUGUAAAUGUUCAAUGUUCAGAUAAAGAAUAUUGGGGAAGUAUCUGCAGUUUUGUUUGUGAUGAAGGCUAUGCACUGAUUGGAGAAUCAUCAGUAUUAUGUGAAGGAAAUAAACAUAUCAACUGGAAUGCUUCCAAUCCAACAUGUGAAAGAUUAAAAUGUGCAUCAAUACAGAUUCCAGAAAAUGCAAAUGUUCAAUGUACAGAUGAAGGAAACUUGGGAAGUAUCUGCAGUUUCAUUUGUGAUGAAGGAUACGCAUUGAUUGGAGAACCUUCAAUAUCAUGUAAAGGAAAUAAACAUGCUAGCUGGAGUGCUCCAAUUCCAAUUUGUGAAGCAUUGAAAUGUCCAACAGUUCAGAUUCCAAAGAAUGGAAAUGUUCAGUGUACAAAUAAUGGAUAUUGGAGAAGUAUCUGCACUUUUAGUUGUGAUGAUGGAUAUACAUUAGUUGGACAACCAUCAAUAUUAUGUAAAGAAAAUGGAAAGCAUAUCAGUUGGAAUUCCUCCAUCCCAACAUGUGAAAAGCUGCAGACUUCGGAAUUAACUAAUAUGCAAUGUCGUAAACCUGCUAAUCCAAAAAAUGGACUUAUACAUUGUUUAUCUGGAGAUCAGGAAAUGCUUGCAUCUGGUACUAUAUGCCGAUAUUUAUGUGAUGUUGGUUAUGAAAUACCAUCUCAUUUAAUACAGUUUGGAGUCAUUAUGUGCAUUGAUCAACAAUGGAAUACAUCAAAUACGAUAGACUGUCAAUCUAUUCAAUGCCCAAAACCCAAUGAACCAGAAAAUGGCUAUUUAAGUUGUGAUGAUGUAGCUUCAGAAUGGAGUGAACGAGGAGAUACUUCUGUUACUAAUCAACCAAAUUAUAUUAAUGGAACGAAAUGUCAUUUUAAUUGUAAACCUAAUUACAUCAUACCUACAAGUCAUUUGAACAAAACUACUAUUGAAUGUAUUGCUCCUUACUGGAAUAAUAGUGAUUUUCCACAAUGUCUUAAAAAAAUAAAUCCCAUUCAAUAUAAGGAUGACUGUCAAAAUCAAACCAUAAUUACUGCAAAUAAAACGUUAGAAAUAACACCACCACGAUUUAUUACAGUUGAUGGUAAAAUUGUAAUUUCAAACUGUUCUUUAAAUAAUAAUCUUGAACCAGGAAGCUAUGAAAAUUAUUGUGAAGCAGAAGAUCCAGAAUUAAGAGUGUUUGGAAAUUGUUCAUAUACAAUUGAUGUUAAGACUUUAGAAUGUAAUCAACCACCAACAAUUAAUUUUAGUACAGUGAGCUGCACCUCUAGCAAUGAAGAUACAUAUCCAGUGAAUACUGAAUGCCAUUAUAACUGUUCCAGUGGUUAUGUUAUUCCAGUAAGCAUGAAACACUUAGGAACACUUAUCUGUCUUCCUUCAGCAGUUUGGAAUGUAACAGAAUUACCUGAAUGCAAAAAAAGGAUUGUUCCAGAACCAAAAAAAGAUGCCUGCAUUGAUAUAGAAUAUGAAACAGAUGAUCCAUCAACAAUAAUUUUAAAAAAUCCAGUUUUUCUUACAUCGGAGGGUAAACCAGCUGAAGUUUCUUGUACAUUGUCAAAUGUAUUAGAUCAUGGAAUUCACGAAAAUACCUGUAAAGCAAUGGAUGUUGAAUUGCAAACAUUUGCUUCAUGUAAAUAUACUAUAACAGUAAAAGAUAAAGGGCAUACAGAUAGUAGUUCAGGACGUGAAUGUGAUGCAUUGAAAUCUCCAACUAAUGGAUACAUUGAAUGCCAGAAUAUAAAUGGAAAAUACCGUUGUGAAGUGAAAUGUAAAGUUGGUUAUGGUUUCCGUUCAUUAUACACAUUAUUACAAAGAGGAUUCAUAGAAUGUAAUACAACAAAUGGAUAUUGGGAUUUUCAACAAUUUCAUGGUUUGCUUAAUUUACCAGAUUGUUUAGGUCAACUUCCAUCAACAUCUCUCCAAGCAUCAGUGAUGUUUAAAGCAGGAGUAGAAAACUGUUCAGACUAUAUUGCUUUAAAUAAGAUGAUGACUGUUAUAAAAGAAAGUCUCUUGAAAAGAACUAUAAAGCAUUGUUUUGCAGUUGAUUGUACUGAUAUAAAUUAUGUAUGUGGUGAAGACAAAGAGAAAAAUAAUCAGGCUAUUGAAACAAUUUGGACACUUAGGGCAACUUAUCUUAUUGAAGAUUAUGAAGAUACUGAAAAUGUUUCUGAUGCAGAAACAAAAAUUGAAGAAAUUCUAGCAAAUACAAGCAGAAUUAUAUUUAAAGAUGAAACAUUUAAAGAAGAAUUAUAUAGUGUUGGAGCUACUUUAUGGCAAGAUUCUUUUGAUCAAAGUUCUUUUGAAUUAGUUUGUCCUAUUAAUGGAUAUAUUAUUGAUCCGGGUACUGAUAAAUGUUUUGAAUGUCCAAGUGGAACAUUUGAAGAGGAUGGUAGAUGCGAGUACUGUCCAGGAAAUCAUUAUCAAGAUAGAACAGGAAAAACUAAAUGUAAAGCAUGCCCAAGAGGAACAGUUUCUGUUGCUGGUUCUCGGUCCAAAUCUGACUGUAAAGCUCUUGAUCAAGAUCGUCCUCUACGGUCAUCUAGAUCUGCACGAGACCAGUCAUCAACCGAAUUGAAUUAUAACACACCAUGUGAUUCUCAUCCAUGUAAUUAUGGAGGAACAUGUAUUCUUACACAAAAUUCUUAUAUUUGUUUGUGCAAACAAGGCUAUGCAGGUACUAAAUGUGAAACAAUUAUUUGUCCAGAAAAUUACUGCUUAAAUGGUGGUACUUGUACUUCAUUGCAUAAUAAUAAUGUUGGCUGUUUAUGCCCAAAAUUUUAUACUGGAGUACAUUGUGAAAUCAAAACAGGUUUGUGAAACAAAAAAUUAUAAUUAUUUGUGUACGUUUAUUAUUUUUAUAUAAAAACUGAAAUAUAUCUGAAUUGAAUUAACAGUGAAAAUUAUUUUGAAAAAAUUAAUCAAAAUUUUAUAUGUAAGAGAUGAUCAAAAAGUUUUGAUUGACAGCACUGCAUGUGUGAUGUCCAGAGUGAACUGAUUCGAAGCCACUGAUCCAGUGAUUUAGUGAGGUAUUUGUUGCAUUUGGAAUGUAUAGUACCCAUAUUGAUAGUAUUAUUGCUGCUAAAUAUGUCCAAAUCAGAUCAAUGUGCCAUUGUCCCCACAGGGUCAGUCUGUAUAAUUAGUGGGGAUGGGCUGUUGUAAAAACACAAUGAGUAAGAAAAAUUUCUUUGUCGUGUUUUGAGUGGAUAUACAAAAUAAGGUGUAUUUGUUAUGUGCAAUACCCAUUUCUAACUUCUACUUUUUAUUUUAUACCAUACUAAAAAAUCAAAAUAUGUUGAGAGGGGACCAAUUUGCUGAUACAAAAAUAUUCAGGGGAUAUGUUUCCUCUGUGCCAUUUUUCACUGCAAAAGGACAAAACGAUGGAGAUGCAUCCUAGAGUGAUGAUGUGUGGGGAUGCAUGCCUGUCCAAAACCACCAUUAUGGAAUGAUGUGCAAAGUUCUAACAUCAAACAAAAGUUAGACACUCUUAAAUGGAAGACUCUUGGACCAUUGUAAAGUCCAGAUAUCUCUCCAUGUCUUUGAUUCUUUGAAAAAGUCUGAAAGGAUGAUGAACGACAGAAGGCAAUAUUGGACUUUUUUAUUUAGCAGCCUGACUUCUGCUGGAUGAUCAAUGAGACAAUUUCCUUACCACCAGUGGCAAUUUCUUCUAAAUCUAAUGAACCUACUGGGUCUUAUAGCUCUUGAACAGAGACUUUUUGAUCAUCCUUUAUAAACAAAACAUAUUUCAUGAAGAAUAUGAAAAAUUGUUAUUCUUCCUUAGUGUAAAGAUAAAUUGGAAAG